CAAAGUAUCCGACAUUGGUAUUCAAAAUGAAGUGAGGGUUUUAGGUUGGCUUCCGGCAGAAUCGUAUUGAGAAGCGAUAAUUGUAAGAACACUGCGAGGCUUCAACAAAAUCAAUCGCAAUGGGUUGGAUUGGUGACACCGUUGACUCCAUUAAAUCCAUUAAGAUUCGUCAGCUCCUUUCUCAGGCCGUCAGUCUUGGUUUGAUUGUUACAUCUGCUCUUAUAAUCUGGAAGGCAUUGAUGUGUAUUACUGGCAGUGAGUCCCCUGUUGUUGUUGUCUUGUCUGGAAGCAUGGAACCUGGCUUCAAGAGGGGUGACAUUUUGUUCUUGCACAUGAGCAAGGAUCCUAUUCGUACAGGGGAGAUUGUUGUUUUUAAUAUUGAUGGCCGUGAAAUUCCGAUUGUCCAUCGUGUAAUUAAGGUUCACGAACGUCAAGAUAGUGGAGAAGUUGAUAUACUCACUAAAGGAGAUAACAACUAUGGUGAUGACAGACUCUUGUAUGCACAAGGUCAGCAAUGGCUUCAACGGCACCACAUCAUGGGCAGAGCUGUCGGGUUCUUACCAUACGUCGGAUGGGUGACCAUAAUCAUGACUGAGAGGCCAAUUAUCAAGUAUAUUCUCGUCGGUGCAUUGGGAUUGCUUGUUUUAACUUCCAAUGAUUGAGACUGAAUCAAAGCGAUAAGUAUUGGCAAUAACCACACAGGAGUUGAUGAGAAUCAAUCAGUACCAGCAAAUUAGCUUAUUAUCUUGAUUUGCACAUUCUCUUGUAGGAAGAACGGCCAAAUUUCAUACAAUAAUAACUCAAAUCAGAUUUUAUUUCUAUUUUUCUUCCA